GUCAAGAAGAUCAAAAAAGGUUCAAUCUUUUUGAAGUUUCGUUCAGAUACAGAAAGAUGGACUCACCGUCGUCGAGUGGAGAUUCAUUGACGGCGAGGAUGAUUCCACGGCAUUCAUCGCUAGAUUCCUUCGGAGCGAUGAAGGUCGUUCAACUUGUCAACCUCGCAAGCAUAAGGGUCUCUAAAGCAGAGCUUCGUCAAAGAGUCAUGCUUCCCAAAUACCUCCGCCUCGCCAUCCGCGACUGCAUCCUCCGUAAAGACGAUUCCUCCCCCGCUUCCUACUCCUCCUCCUACCUAACGCCGGAGGUUCCUCUGAUGGUUUUCGUUAAUCCCAAAAGCGGUGGUCGUCAAGGUCCACUUAUAAAAGAACGUCUCCAGAAUCUGAUCAGCGAAGAACAGGUGUUUGAUCUUACGGAAGUGAAGCCUAACGAGUUUAUAAGAUAUGGUUUGGGAUGCUUGGAGGUGUUAGCAGCACGAGGAGACGAAUGUGCUAAAGAGAUUCGUGAGAGGAUGAGGAUUGUGGUUGCAGGUGGAGAUGGAACUGUUGGUUGGGUUCUAGGAUGUCUCGGUGAACUCAAUGUACAAAACCGGCAACCUGUUCCUCCGGUUUCUAUAAUGCCACUCGGAACUGGAAACGAUCUCUCUAGGAGCUUUGGAUGGGGAGGUUCUUUCCCAUUUGCCUGGAAGUCUGCGAUAAAACGAACACUUUAUAGGGCAAGUAUUGCUCCAGUAAGCCGUCUAGAUAGUUGGAAUAUUUUGAUUACAAUGCCUUCUGGGGAAAUAGAGGAUCCUCCUUAUUCUCUAAAGACCACACAAGAAUGCAUCAUUGACCAGAGUUUGGAAAUAGAGGGAGAGCUUCCUCCGUCGAGGAACGGCUAUGAAGGAGUCUUCUACAAUUAUUUUAGUAUAGGUAUGGAUGCUCAAGUGGCUUACGGUUUUCACCAUUUGCGCAAUGAAAAGCCUAGCCUUGCGAAUGGCCCCAUCGCCAAUAAGAUUAUAUAUUCAGGCUAUGGUUGCUCUCAGGGUUGGUUCAUGACGCAUUGCACAAAUGAUCCGGGAUUAAGGGGUCUCAAGAACAUAAUGACAUUGCAUAUCAAAAAGUUAGACUCAUCCGAGUGGGAGAAAGUACCAGUUCCCAAAAGUGUAAGAGCAGUGGUUGCAUUAAAUCUACAUAGCUAUGGAAGUGGAAGAAACCCAUGGGGGAAUCUCAAACAAGACUAUCUUGAGAAAAGAGGCUUUGUGGAAGCUCAAGCCGAUGAUGGGCUUCUUGAGAUCUUUGGGUUAAAGCAAGGAUGGCAUGCUUCUUUCGUUAUGGUUGAACUCAUCUCUGCCAAACACAUUGCACAGGCGGCGGCGAUACGGCUAGAGAUAAGAGGAGGAGAAUGGAAAGAUGCGUUUAUGCAAAUGGAUGGGGAGCCAUGGAAACAGCCAAUGAGCAAAGACUACUCUACUUUUGUUGACAUCAAGAGAGUCCCUCACCAAUCUUUGGUCGUCAAAGGAGAUUGACUUGUUUAUAUUAAACUAAUCCCUUCUUAUCAUAUAUGUCAGCACUGUAAUUGUGAAUGACCACUUCCACAUAAGAAAACAUAUGAACAAGUAUACUACGAUAUAAUUAAAGAAGACCAAAUUGGCAAGGCUGGUUUCAGACAAGAAGUAACAAAGAUUUUGGAGUGGAUGAUGAGUAGAUGGACACUCGUAGAAGAACAUAUAUGAUUGGAUCAAUAGGACAUAACUUUCAUAAAAGUACUAAUUGCCAUUUGUACGUGCGAACCACUUGCAAUUUCUCAGUAGUGUCUUUUAGUACCAAAUCCACUAUAUAUAAGGGGUAAAACACUUUUACUAUUAAUAAAUCAUUUAUGUACUAUGAUCGGUUCUAUGAAAUUCUUCCAUACGAAACAAACAUAAAGGAAUUAUAUUCAGUCGAGUCAAUUCAAAAAUGAUUUUUUUAUUUGCUAAUUUCGAUCCUAUUUUAAUAUGAUCUUAUGAAGUAGACUAAAUUAAAAAAAUUAAUUUGAACUUCUCUUUUUACGUUUUUUACCGUUGUAUUAAACUAUUAAUUGUCUUGAAAAAUUCAAUUCAAAUCGUAAGAUAAAUCAAUUCAAAUC